AACCAGAACCAGCUGUCCCGGUUCUGGUUCGGUCCACAGCAGAACCAGCUGUCCCGGUUCUGGUUCGGUCCACAGCAGAACCAGCUGUCCCGGUUCUGGUUCGGUCCACAGCAGAACCAGCUGUCCCGGUUCUGGUUCGGUCCACAGCAGCAGAACCUGCAGGAAUGUGUUCUGAACCGGUCCAUCUGCUCCGAGGCGUCAGCAGGAAAAUAUGAUGAAACUGGACCCGAGCAGGGAUUAACCCUUCACCACCUCUAGACCGGAACCAGAACCAGAACAGGUCCUGGUUCAGAUCCACAGAACCUUCUGCAGCUCUCAUGCUCAGAUUAAAACCCUGGACCAGAACCAGAUCCACCUGGAGCCAGACUGGUUGUAGAGUCCAGCCGGUUCGGUUCGGACCCGGGUUCGGACCGUCCUCCUCCCAUCCGGACCUUAAAGAGGAAGAGGAGGAGGGACCGGGAAGUCGCUGCCUUCCUCCGAACUUCUUCCAGAACCCUUCAGCAGGACUUGAUCAUGUCCUGAAAAGUUCCGAGCUUCGCGCUGCGGGCCGAACCGAACCGAACCGAGCCGAGCCCCGGAGGGAGUGACAGCGACAUGUCGGAGCGACCCGGAGCCGCCUGGAUGUGACUGAAGGGAGGAUGGAGGCAGACAAAGAGACAACUGAGGAAGAGGAGGAGGAGGAGCUUCAUGGUCACCUGUCUGUGGAGAACCUUCCCAUCAUGCACUGGGAGCAGCUGAGUGAUCGCAUCGCUGAGCUGGAGCUUCAGGAGGAGGAGAGGAGGGAG